CAGUAAAUGCCAGUUGACAGACAGACAGUCAGCCACAGCACCUCCCAUGAGCAGUCAGACCUAGUAAAUGUAUUUUUUUAGUUAAAAACCACAAUUCCCAAUCAUUUAAAAUGAUUUUGCUUGAGACAAACAAUCGGGUAGUUGAAGAGACAUUAACCGUGAAGAUAAAAAGUGCCCAAGCCGGGUUAAAAAACGAGUCAAUCGACAUAACAGUAUCGGACUUCGACGGUGUUUUGUACCACAUUUCAAACCUAAACGGAGACAAAACCAAAAUUAGGAUAAGCAUUUCCCUCAAAUUCUACAAAGAACUGCAAGAGCACGGCGCCGACCAGCUCCUCAAGCGCGAGUACGGCCCCCUUCUGGCCGCCCCUGAAGACGGCUACAACGUUUCGAUCCUAUUCGACCUUGAGAACAUCCCGACUGAUUGGCCCCAAGUCAUCAAAAAAAUCGGGCUUUUGAAGCGCAACUGCUUCGCUUCAGUGUUUGAGAAAUACUUCGAUUUUCAAGAAAACGGAGACGAGGGACAGAAACGUGCGGUGAUUCACUACCGCGAUGACGAAACAAUGUACGUUGAGGCGAAGGCGGACCGAGUCACCGUCGUCUUUUCCACGCGUUUUCGGGACGAAGACGACGUGGUCAUCGGGAAGGUGUUCAUGCAGGAGCUCAAGGAGGGGCUCAGGGCGUCGCACACGGCGCCCCCCGUGCUCUUCAGCCACCGGGAGCCCCCCCGGGAGCUCCAGAACACCGACGCGAAGGUCGAUAACAACGUGGGGUACGUCACUUUUGUCCUGUUCCCGAGACACACGGCAAGGACCACGAGGGACAACACAAUAGAUUUAAUUCACAUGUUUCGCCAUUAUCUACAUUAUCACAUCAAAUGCUCCAAGGCCUACAUUCACAGUCGGAUGAGGGCCAAGACGUCCGAUUUCCUCAAGGUCCUGAACAGGGCCAGGCCGGAGAACAAGUCGACAGAUAAGAAAACUAUAACAGGGAGAACUUUCGUUCGACGGGAUUGAUGUGUAUAGUACUAGUGAACUUUGCUUGUAAGAUCAGCUCAAAAAAGGACUAAUAACUGCCGACAAUUUAUUAAACUUAACUGUUUCAUUCAAUUUUCCCAUCAGUCAGUUCUUGCACAGCCUCUCUUGCAGUUUAUUUAUUAAGUCAAUCAAUUGGUUCAUUCAGUACUGAAUGCUACAGUUCAGUUAAUAGAAGUGCUGAUUUUUCAGCUACUUGUGUACAUAGAUUCAAUCUUUUAACCAUGUGCUUCCUUUGAAAUAUGGGUAAGCACAUCAAUAUUGUGAAUUAUAUAUUUCUAAUACAAAGUUUAAUUACAUAUUUUUUACCCAGUUUGCGAGACGUGUUUUAGGUUUUUUACUAUGUAUCCGCUUGUUGUUAUCAUUUUGAUUCGGAACGAUCCUUUUUACUAUUGAGAACUUGAACCGCCAAAUAAAUUGUAUAACUUAACAUAGUUUAAUAGGUAAUAAAUGAAUCGUCAAUUUCUAUAGCAGGUUGCAAUAUUUUCGGAUUUCUGUAGGCAAUUGGACGCAUUCUUCAUGCUCAUUUCAUUUUUAUAUUACAUUAACAGAGCAAGACACUGUUUAAUUCAAUAAUAGAAAAUAAAAUGUUAUUUUAAA